AUGACGCACGCUGUGGCUCUUCUCCUCAUCUUAACAUCAUCCCUCCUGAGCUGCACCGCAGCAGCAGCCGCAGCUCCUAUCUUCUGCACUUGGACUAAAGUUUCUUCAGACAAACAAGAAGUGCACUACAGUUUCCUGCAGCAGGCCGCUACAUCUCUGCGGCUGUACCACAGCGUCUGGUCCGGUCGGCGCGCUCUGCGCAGCUGCGCCUGGAGCGACGACGUAGCGGUGGUCCACAACUACUUGUCUCUGUGCCGGGAGCGCACGCAGGAGUUUUCAGACCAUCCAAAGGACAAUUUAGAUUUAGAGUCCAUGUUCAUGGCGGAGGAGGAGCGGUGCGUCUCUGUGGUCUCUCCGGGCGUCGCCGGACUCGGUGAGCAGGCAGGGAAGAGGACGGUGAGGAGCGUCGGGGGUCUGGAUCGAGGUGAGGGGUCAGAGGUCAGGGUCAAUCGGCGUGUGAAGCGCGGCUUCAUCGUACCUGGAACUCUGUGGUGUGGAUCUGGAAACAAGGCGCCUUCAUAUUCAGAUCUGGGAGUUUUUUCAGACACAGACAGCUGCUGCCGGGAACACGACCAGUGCAAACACACCAUCCUGUCAUUCCACUCACAGUUUGGCGUCUUCAACACCAACAUCUUCACCAUGUCUCACUGCGACUGUGACAACAAGUUCCGCAGCUGUCUGAAGGAGGCGAAUGACAGCAUAGCAAAUGUGGUGGGAUACACGUUCUUUAACCUGCUCAAGAUGCACUGCUUUGAGUUCUCCCACCGACUCCAGUGCAUAGAAAGAAACUGGUUUGGAAUGUGUAAAGAGACUCAAAUGGCACUGUAUGCCGAGGUCCAUCCGCCCACACUGUACGAGUCCAUCGAUCCAACAGAAGACUACAUGAACAGCACCGACUCCAUCAUCAACACGACCACACCUGCAGAACUCCUGCAGAGCAGCACAUUGGAUCCUGAGCUUUUCCCCAUCACUGCUGCUGCAUCCACACUGCCCACACCUUCAACAAGUUCCCCCUCAGCCUCCGUCUCUACUAUUACUAAUGCUACCACCUCCACAUCGUCAGGAUCACUACCAGAGAGGGCAAACCACAUAGAGAGCACCAAAACCCCAACGGUGACCAGGCAGGACAUCACAGAGAUUGAAAUGUCUUGUGGUAUCUACAAGGAUCUUGAUAAAUGCAAAGAAAAGAUCUUACCUCUGCAAAGGAAGUACGGCCUCUAUAAUCCGGAACUGAGGACACUGUACCACUGCAACUGUACCACCAGAUUAUUCCAGACUUUGGCUAAACAGAGACAAGUGACCGAAGUGCAGGCUCUUCUGCUGGGACACGUGUCUCAGUCCUGCUUCCAGCCUCAGGACUGCACAGCAGGCAACAUCUGUACAGCGGUUUUGGUGAAAGCAGAACUUCCUCAGAUGGACCAGAGCAGCAGUGCAGAGGUGGAGGAGCAGCACCACCUACAGGCUGUACAACUGAAGGUCAGGAGGCCACACUCCAGGACUAAGAGGAAAGACCGAGCUGUGAGGCUCCACAGAGUGUGUCUCAAGCUGAGCAGACGCAGAAACAAGAGCAGAACACAAAAUGCAGGACGGCCAGCUGCUCACCUCCCACAGCAACAUGUCUGUAAGGAGGAGGUUUUUGUUGAGCAGCAGCCCUGUGACCAGGAGAGGAGUUCAAAUCUGGAUGAGGAGGACCAAGAAAUUCGACAAAUUAAAGAGGAACAGGAGGAACUCUGCACCAGUCUGGACGAGGCGGACCCAGAGCCUCCCCAGAUUAAGGAGGAACAGGAGGAAUUCUGCGUCAGUCUGGACAGCGAGCAGCUUGUGCUGAAGCAGGAGAGUGAUACCUUUAUGCUGAGAGCCCAGAUCAAGAGGAAAGUGAACAGACUGAGUCAGGAUCAUCUAGAAAUUCAGAACUGA